CGUCCGGCCUGCUCCCAUCCUGACUCACCGCUGUUCGCUCCUGCUGAGGAACAAGUCGGUCAGAAGCUGUGCCGCAGCCAUGGCUUUUAAAGAUACCGGAAAGACGCCCGUGGAGCCCGAGGUGGCGAUUCACCGAAUUCGAAUCAUGCUCACCAGCCACAACGUGAAGUCGCUGGAGAAGGUGUGUGCUGACUUGAUCAGAGGCGCAAAGAAAAAGAAUCUGAAGGUGAAAGGACCGGUGCGCAUACCUACCAAGACACUGAGAAUCACUACAAGAAAAACACCUUGUGGUGAAGGUUCCAAGACGUGGGAUCGUUUCCAAAUGAGAAUCCACAAGCGACUCAUUGACUUACACAGUCCUUCCGAGAUUGUUAAACAGAUUACUUCCAUCAGUAUUGAGCCAGGAGUGGAGGUUGAAGUCACUAUUGCGGAUGCCUAAGUCAACUAAAUAAAUUGACUUGAUCACUGGUUAAAAA